AUGCCCAAGUCUGGUCCACAAUUACAUCUCACCAUGAAAACCUACCCGUGCAUGAACUCAUGGGGGACUCAAGCAGCGUCCACAAGCUCAUCACCUGAUAUGCGCACAGCAGCUAAUGAGGUAUUGCCACCAAAGACAGACUCAAUGUCGAAAUCGUGUUAUUUGCCUGAAACAAGUACCGAUUAUAUCCAAAAUAUUAUGGUUCCAACGCUGAUUGAGCUAGGCACUGAUGCGCCUCUAUCUGACGCAGCCACCAAUCCUGGUAUGGGUCUGUUAUUGUCCCUCUCAGAGAAAUUGGAUUCGUCGGUUGACACACAUGCUUUCGAGUCUGAACCGCCGUCAUCAGCGGCGCUUUCCUCGGAUUCAUUUGCACAAAGUGCGCCCAAAUCGACUUUAUCAUUUAAUUUGACGGCGCAAUGUUCUCCUUCCGCUCCCAACCACCAUCUCUCUAAUGAUAUCUCCCUGCUCUCGUCGCAACUUGCGCCAUCAUUCGACCCCAGCUCUCAUCUAGACAGCAUUGCAUCUGCUGCAUCUGCGGCCGCUGCAACACAGUACCAAGAGGCUGCGGCGUUCCAUGAGAGGCAACAAUGCCAAGGCCUUACGCCCCAACGUGCGCAAGUCUCACCUAGAUUAUCACCAGCACCAGGAACGUAUACUUUUUUGCCGACGCCCAAACCCCCGCCUUCUCAUCAAUCAUUGGCUCGUCGAACUUCGAAUCAUGACUUUAGCAUGGAUACACACAAGCUCGAAGACAAGGUCGAUGCAUCAUCUGCCGAGGGUCCCACCGUUACAUCGUCGAUUGUGCCUCAUACCUCUAAUGCUGACUUUUCUUUGAGCCAGGCAUUUAACGUACAGGCGCAUUCUGAAUCUGUCUUGCCACUUUCGCAUCCCUCUUCUGUUGGUAUUACACCUCGGAUCGCACCCAUCUGCGUUGGUGCAUCGGGAUCAACUUCGCUUGACGAGACAACGAAAAAAAUUCAGGCCCAGCAGCAGCAGAUCCGAACAGCACUGGGACAGCCGAUGGAUGGAUUGCAGCAGUCGUUCUCGACUAGCGUGCAGCCAGAAAAACGAUCUGUAUCCACAAGCACAGACGAUGCGAAACGGGUCAAAACCGAUACAGACAUUGCAAUUCAGGAGCGGUCUCCUAAACAAGAAGCAGUGCAAAAGCGCUUCCAGUGCCCCAAGUGCUUUCGAGCUUUUGCACGCGCUUAUAAUCUUAGUACGCAUCUGUCGACGCACGAUCCAGAUCCGUCUCGCGCCAAGCCUUUUCCGUGUCCGUAUCGCUCAUGUCGUGCGGAAGGGGGUCGCUCCUUUUCUCGAAAGCACGACUUGCAGCGUCAUGUGGCAAGUGUGCAUGAAUGGGAGCCUGAGCCGGGCAUCCAUGGUGACUCGGGCGACGUGGGCGAGGGUCAAGAUACAGGCGGUCUUGCUAGUCUAGGCCUAGGUACGCCGGGUAAAAAGUUUCGUUGCGAACAGUGUGGGCGGGCGUUUGUGCGGCGUGAUGCACUACGGCGUCAUCAUUGCGAUGCUGCCGCUUCACGAGCGCCUUUGUUCGACAAAAAAACGACGACUGCGGUGGCAUCCGUGCCGAUGCCUCCGUCGCAUUCGUCCGCGUCAGUUGCACCUGCUCGAGCUUUGCCGGGGGAUGUGAUGCAACGUGUGUCUCUCCAGCUCAUGAAUAAAGCGGACCCGAAAGCGGUAUCCGCGUUUACUCAGGAUACUGCUGCAAUGCCUAUGGCCCCACGAAUGGAUCACAGCAGUGACAAACGUGCUGAUACAACGCGGAUGCGACAAAGUGCCUCGUCGAAUAUAGCUACAGCCUUUGCCACUUAA